GUUGUUGUAGCGGUGGUGGUGGCGAUGGUGGUGGUGCGAUUUAACCAGUCUCUACUUCACCCCCUCCUCCUCCCCCUCCUCCUCCUCCUCCACGGCCCAGGGGGAGGUUUUGGGGAGAUUAGCACCUUCUUCGACCCUGGGGAGGACCGCACCCUUGAGCUCUACCCUGGGGAGGAUUUACAGGGGGAGCCACAAAUCUUCCACUGGGGCGCUGAAAAUAUUACGGGAACAUUUGAAAGUGUUCGACAAAGCGGGAUCUGGCUUGUGUACGGCGAGGCAGGUUACAGAGGCGAAAAUGUGACAGCCCUGUUUGGUGAAGACGUGCUUUUCAACAUUCAACAUUCCGUGGGGUCGGUUCGUUAUGCUGGCAACACUCGCUCUAAAGUGUUCCCCUCUCUCCAUUUGUAUGAAGAUAGUUGGUACAGAGGAAGAGAAUACGUAGUGGAGGCUGGACCAGAUGAGGGUGAUCUUGUUCUCAUUCCUAACUUUCGGGACUUUGGCAUACGCGCGCGGUCCAUCAUAGGUGUGGGCGCCGACUGGACCGUAUUCAGCGGUCCUAACUUCCACGGUCCUAACUGCACGUGCCUCAAAUCAACGCACUUUUCAAUGUCAAGUUACGAUGGAGAUGACGCGAUGAUGAGAGCUUUCUUCCACCCCGACACACACGCACACGCACGCACACACGCACACGCACACACACACACACACACGCACACACACGCAGACACACUCUUUGAAGUUGGUAGCGCCAUUCUGGGGUGCGAAGUGCCUAUGAAGAAGUUAUGUGCCAAGGUGCCAUGGAAGGUGUGGGCGCCAGAGUGUCCUGUUAUGUCGCGCGGGGUGAGUGUGUGUUAGUGGUGGUGGUGGUGGUGGUGGUGGUGGUGGUGAUGGUCUACUACUACUACUACUACUAAUAAUAAUAAUAAUAAUAAUAAU